AUUCUCAAAAAUCAAAGUACCAAUUUCUGUCGUUUUCUCCUUCCGACUCUGUAUGUCUUAUAUAUAUUGCUACCUUUUACCUUUCUCUCUAACAAAACUCCACUUCCAAUCGAAUUCUAAAACCAUCAAUCAUGGUUGUGGUGGACAGAUUUCCAGCAGUAAACAAAUGUGCAUCAAUCGGCAGAGAAAAGCAAACGGUGGUGGCCGAUAUGGAUGGUACUUUGCUUAUAGGCAGAAGCUCUUUUCCUUAUUUUGCACUUAUUGCAUUUGAGGCUGGUGGCUUUUUUAGGCUUCUUUUUCUGCUAUUAGCGUCGCCAUUAGCAGGGGUUCUUUAUUACUUUGUAUCAGAGUCUGCUGGAAUUCAAGUUCUUAUCUUUGCUUCAUUUGCUGGUUUAAAAGUGGCCGAUAUUGAGUCUGUGGCUCGUGCAGUGUUGCCGAAGUUUUACUCCAGCGAUCUUCAUCCCGAGUCAUGGCGGGUGUUUUCUUCGUGUGGGAAACGCUACGUUUUGACGGCGAAUCCAAGGAUUAUGGUGGAAGCAUUUUUGAAGGAUUUUUUAGGAGCUGAUGUCGUUUUGGGUACAGAGAUUUCAUGUUAUAAAGGUAGAGCAACCGGGUUUGUUCGCAGCCCUGGCGUACUUGUGGGAAAGAACAAGGCAAAUGUUCUUCGCAAGCUUUUUCCAGAUAUUAGGCCUGACAUUGGACUUGGAGAUAGACACACUGAUAUUCCCUUCAUGGCUCUGUGCAAGGAGGGUUACCUGGUGCCACCGAAGACAGAAGCCAGGCCAGUAACCGGCGACAAGCUCCCAAAACCAGUAGUCUUCCAUGAUGGCCGACUAGUCCAAAAGCCAACACCAUUAAUGACACUAGUCAUAAUUCUCUGGAUCCCUAUAGGCUUCAUCCUGGCUUGUUUACGAGUUGCAGCCGGCUCACUCCUACCCAUGUCAAUGGUCUACUACGCCUUUUGGGCACUUGGCGUCCGUGUCACCGUAAAAGGCAAUCCACCUCCGCCUGCAAAAAAGUCAACCGGUCAAUAUGGUGUCCUCUUCGUUUGCUCUCAUAGAACCCUGCUUGACCCCAUAUUUCUCUCCACCGCCUUAGGCCGCCCUAUUGCAGCAGUCACAUACUCAGUUUCUCGUCUCUCUGAAUUCAUUUCUCCAAUUAAGACUGUAAGGUUGAGUCGAGAUCGUGUGACUGACGCGUCAAUGAUUAAGAAAUUAUUAGUCGACGGUGAUUUAGCUAUUUGUCCUGAAGGGACUACCUGCCGGGAACCUUUUCUUUUAAGGUUUUCGGCAUUGUUCGCCGAAUUGACAGAUCAAAUUGUUCCAGUGGCUAUGGUGAACCGAAUGAGUAUGUUUCAUGGAACUACAGCUAGAGGAUGGAAAGGAAUGGAUCCGUUUUACUUCUUCAUGAACCCUAGUCCAGCUUAUGAAGUGACUUUCUUGGAUAAGUUGCCUGUAGAGAUAACUUGUAGUUCAGGAAAGUCCAGUCAUGAAGUGGCUAAUUACAUACAAAGAGUUAUUGCUGCUACUCUUUCUUAUGAAUGCACUACAUUUACCAGAAAAGAUAAGUACAGGGCACUUGCUGGAAAUGAUGGAACUGUUGCUGAGAAACCUAAGCUGCAACACAAUAAAGUGAUGGGUUGCUAAUUUUAUUUUUCU